UCUCGUACCGACCCCCGUUCGGCUACCCGCGCGCGCCACUCUCUCACCCGUCUCCGACGUUCAGUCGCACCCUCGCUUCGCGCACGGCGCGCACUCCGUACGCUUUCGCACCGUCUUCGCACGCGCACCGGAAACGGGAUUGUCGCCGAGGUUUCGCGAAAGUGAUAAGAGACAGGAAGCUCGAGACACCAGGAUGAGGCUCCUCACGGUCGCCUUGGGUUUCCUCCUUCAGGCGUGGAUCGUGUACUGCGGGACGAAGAGACCCAGCUUCGUUUCCGAGCAGAUGAUCGCGACCGCAGCGAGUGUCGUAAACGCCUGCCAAACGCAAACGGGAGUCGCCACAGCUGACAUAGAAGCAGUAAGAAACGGACAGUGGCCGGAAACACGUCAAUUGAAGUGCUAUAUGUAUUGCCUCUGGGAGCAAUUUGGUCUGGUCGACGACAAGAGAGAGCUAAGUCUGAACGGGAUGCUGACGUUCUUCCAGAGAAUACCCGCUUACAGAGCCGAGGUUGAGAAAGCAAUCGGCGAGUGCAAGGGGCUCGGUAACUAUUUGGCAAAGGGUGAUAACUGCGAGUACGCGUACGCGUUUAACAAGUGUUACGCGCAGCUAUCUCCGAGGACUUACUAUCUAUUCUAACGAGCUACGGAAGGACAACAGUAAAAAGACCAAAGACAAAAUGCUCAAGAUACAAAUUCGCCGAAUGCGUUAUGUUGCUCUUACGUUUAAACCACUCUCCACUUUAUCAUGUAUGCCGUAUUGUCGUAAACCGUAUACGAAUUUGGCGAUGAAAUAAAGGAUUCAGCGAUCUAA